CAAACAUGCAGCAUUCAACCUGACCAGAGGUGAUGCAGCUGCAGAAGGUCUCCUAAGCACCAACAGUGACAGCGUGGACUCAGUUCUGCGAACAUCCAUGCCAAUCUUUCGUUGGGCUCUUCAGUCAUGAGAGGACCCACAGAAACCAUCAUUUAUAGCUUUGACUUACUUAAAUAACAAGGAGUCCACCGUCAUUUAUUUUAUAGUAAUGUGUACCAUUUUUGGUUCAGUGGAAAAAUCCAUCAGUGCUUGGGUGUUAGUGGCACUAAAUUAUACAGGCUAGGAAAGUAGCAGGUUUAAUCUGUGGUCUAUACUGAGUGACCUACAUUGGGAACCUAGGGCAAAAUCAGUCUGCUGGAGUUCCUGCCCAGAUUGGUAAUACAAGGAAAACUUACAUUUCUGUUGCAUGUUUACUGGAGUGAAACAUCCCAAAGUGCUUCACAGAAUGUAAUGGGCAAAAAAUGACUGAGCCAAAGGUUGCAUGGAGACACUUGGAUAAAGAGGUCGGAGAUUUAGGGAGGUAAUUCCAGUGCUUAGAACCUAAAUAGUUGAACGGAUGGGCACCAGUGGUGGGUUGAAAAUGGUGAGGGUUUAAACAAGAAGCCAGUAAUGGAGGAAUGGGGAGUUCUAGAAGGGCUAGAGGAGUUGGAGAGGUGGAAAGGGACGAGGCCACAGAGGGAUUUAAUUAAGCGCAAAGUUGAGAAAUUUAAAAUUGAUGUUUUGCCAGACUGAGAGCCAAUGUUGAUAGAUAUCCAGAAGUUAAGAGAACUGCAGAAGUAUCUUCCUUGCAUCCGUCAUAUUGGAUUGUGCUUGAACUACAGCUGGAGAAAGCAGAGGGCCAUCCUUCACGUUUGCUUCCCGUUUUCAGGAUUGCUGUGCUCAUAUGAGUUACCGAGUGUAUCGGGAGCUUCCAUGCCUUUAUUGGCCUGUUCCUGCCUUUCUGGGACAGAAGUAGAAUCAAUUGAUGCUGGAAGCCAGGUAGAUGGCAUAGACCGUCUGCAUCUGAGCAAUGAGGUUUCAGUGUAUUCAAAGAGCCCUCUGCGAGAUGCUAACAUGAUGUAUGCUGCCGGUGCUAGUCACUAUGAGCUUCUAUCUGAACUAGGAAAAAGUUUUAGUAAUCUAACCACGGUGCAUCUGGCUAAACACAUCCCAUCAGGUAAAAUGGUGGUUGUGAGACGCACUAAUAUGGACACCUGUUCUGAAGAAAAUCUGGCCUCUCUACAGAAUGAGCUUCUUGUCUGGCAAUUUCUCCGGCACCCAAACAUCCUGCCACACAGAGCUAUUUUUGCACAGGGCAGCGAGCUAUGGGUCAUUAUGGCAUUCACAGCUUACGGUUCUGCCAGCAGCCUGUUAAAGUUGUAUUUUACUCAAGGCAUGAGUGAAAGUCUCAUUGCGCAUAUUUUUUAUGGAGUCUUGAAGGCACUGGAUUAUAUUCAUCAAAUGGGAUGCAUUCACAGGUGUGUUAGACCUAGACACAUUCUUAUAUCUGGGGAGGGACACAUUUACCUCACUGGUCUGCAUGGUCUAUGCAAUAUGGUCACAGAUGGACAAAGGCUGAAGGUUGUGUAUGAUUUUCCAGAGUUCAGUGCUUCUGUCUUGCCUUGGCUGAGUCCUGAAGUUCUCCAGCAGGACUUACAUGGAUAUGAUGCGAAGUCUGACAUCUACAGCCUUGGGAUCACAGCAUGUGAAUUAGCCAGAGGUCAAGUUCCCUUUCAGGAUAUGCGGCCUACACAGAUGCUGCUCCAGAAGCUGAAAGGCUCAUUGUGUCUGGGAGACAUCAGCUUCCCUCCAAAGGAAUUAGUGAUGAAGAAUUCCCGCUCUGGAGUAGAUUCUGGGAUUGGAGAAAGUGUAGAGCCCUGCAGCAUGCUGAGAACGAACACAAAGGAACGAUCCCAGAGUUCAGUGAAGAAAACUUUCUCUGCAGCCUUUCACAGCUUUGUAGAGCUCUGUCUGCAGAGAGAGCCUGGAAAUCGACCAUCAGCUAGUAUGUUGUUGGCUCACCCUUUCUUCAAGCGGGUGAAAAAACAAACCAGGAAGACACUGAUUAAUCUGCUUCAACCAGCAGUGCCACUUUCUGGUUCUCAGGCCAAAGCAGAGACCUCGAAAUCACAGAGAGAUGGUCCAAUAAGCUCCUUACAGGAGUUAGAUGGUGACUGGGAAUUUUAACUUUUGUUUUGUUUUCCCUCCAACAUUUAUCUCCCUUUAGGAAAAAAAAGCAAACAAAAUGAGUUUGAAUGAGGGACAACUUACAGCAGUUGCCCAUUAUGGUGUCUGAAGGCAUGGAAAAUGACCUGUAAGAAAAUUGGGCAUUUGUCAUCAUUACCCUUGUACUAAACAUUGUACCUGGGGUUGUUGACCUGUAUUACAGAAUUCAUCUCUGCUGUAAAUAGAUCAGACAUUUACACAGCUUAAUUCAAAUUGAUCCUGCAGUGAGGUGGACUUGUCAUUACAAGUGGUGCAUUUUGUACUUCAGUAUUAGAUUAUUGCCUUGAAACUGGCUGACAAGCACAUGAAAUAUAUUUUUGAGUAUAUAUUUGUAUUUUCUUUACAGUUGUAACAUUAAAGUUUAGGCUGGGUAUAUUGUAGCAUACUCUUAUGGUGGUGUGUUGGUGCAUUAGUGAGCUCUGUGUGCCCUAGAAAGUUAAACACAGCCUUGGACCUGCAGUGUGCACUCUGUGUCUCGAGGGCCUUGGUAUUGGGCUGGGGUAGGGACUGAGCACAGAGAGAAGGAAAAAGCACUAAGCAGGGAACUAUUGGCCCAAGUAGAAAUGGAAAGAGGAGUGGAACUGUCAGGCAAGUUACCCUGAGACAUUCUCAUCAACUUGCAGCACUGAGGGAGUGCCCAUUCUCCUGGUUGGGACAUACCAAAUGAAGAAAUGCCUGCCAUUUUAAUGAAAGAAAAACUCAAAAGUUUAGCUCUUUUCCUAUUGAAACAGUGGGCAGUUAUAUCCUCUAAACGCCCACCAGAGUUUACAAAGUAUUGGUUGUUUGAAAGGGGACCUAAACUUCAAACAUGUGUGCACUGUGUUUACAUUAUAUUUUACCUUUAUUUUCUUGCAUUGUUUAACGAAAGUGUACCACAGUGCCUUCAGGCUGUUUUUGAUGUGAGGUGCAUAGUAUUAGAAAGCUUGGCUAUUAUUGGAUGUGUUGUGAAAGCCUGAGCUUCAGCUGAUCCCAGAACGUUGGUUGUUCAGUGUGGAGCCUCUCUUUUGACACACGUCCUAAAUAAGUGCAAUUUCUGCAGGUUAAUGACAACUGCUUUUUCCAGCAGAUUGUGUCUUCACAAACAGCAUGUUUUGUUUCAAUUUCUUAUUAUGUUGGUGCUUCAGCCUCAGCUGAUUAUUAGUGAUAACUAGAUUGUUUCGUUGCGGGUGGGAAGAGUUUUGUUUGCAGGAACAUGGAGAAAGUACUGAUUGUGAAACAUGAUGGGAGGCAAAAUAAGAUGGGAGGAGGGAGUUAGAAAUAGCCAUAAGGCAGACUGAGUUCAGUGUUCAGUGUGGGAAAGUGUGAGGCCAUUCACUUUGGAUUCGAGAAAGACAAAUCCAAAUAUUUCCUUAAUGGGGAGCGAUUAGGAGAUGCGGAGGAGGAAAGAGAUUUAGAGGUCCCCAUUACAUAUUGCUAAAAGUUAGUUCAAAGGCACAAAGAGAAUUUCAAAGCACUAAUGGAAUGUUGGCCUUUAUUUCAAGAAGACUGGAAUUCAAAAGUGAGGCUUCACUUGCACAGAAUCCAGAGACCUCGUCUGCUGUACUUUUCAGUUUUGGGCAUGUACUGUAUCUCAGGAAGGAUAGGAUUGGCUUGGAGAGUGUUCAGUGCAGAAUCACCAGAAAGAUACCAGGGCUGGAAGGGGUAAAUUGAGGUUGGGUUUCAUAAACUUGGUUUGUACUCCAUUGAGUUUAAGGGGUUGGGGUUUGAACUAAUGGGUGUUUAAGAUGAUAGUGAGUUGAUGGAGUAGACUUUGCAUGUAACCUGUAUGUCUUUCUGUGCCAUAAUUCCAGUAAGGUUGCACUUCUACCAUCAGUUUUGUAGUUGCCAAAGGAGCAGGAAUGUUCACGUUUUUAUAUUUUAGCAAAAUAAUUUGCAGUAUAAAUGGUAAACGUGGUUCCUGAUCAUUUAGAUUUUUACAUAACAACUAUGCCACCUCCAAACCAUCUGAUUUCCUUUACAUCAACACAUUUAGGUUCACCUUUGAAAUACCGCUUGUAUGUAACCCAUCAUUACAAUUUCUCUGUCUUCCAGGGAAAUCAGGGUCUUCCAAGCAUUUUAAUAUCCUUGUUAAAUUCUUAAUGUUCUCUGAGAUUGUAAGAAUGUGUUUACACCUUUUUUGGUCUUAUUUUGAGGUUACUACUGACGCUCUUAAACAAAGGUAUGAAAAAGGUUUUGUUUUCUCAAAUGUAAACAUAUUCUUUGUUGUCUAGUCAAGAGUGCUAACCAUUGUCAGUAAUUACUCCUGUCCUUCAAACAACAUGAUUUGGUCACAUUUCUGUGCAGUACUUACAAUUCUCUCAUUCUUUAUGCCAUGGUCCAACUUCCCCAUGUUAGGGUCAUGUAUCCUCAAUUCCAGACAAUGUUGUACAAAGCUUUUAAACAGUGUUAAUGUGUUCAGGGUACGAUGCAGAAUGUCAAUGAACAUGAGUUGGCCUCUAAAACUAUGUUAAUGUAAAAGCUGGACAAUAAACUAUUCACCGAAAUAAUAUGUACAACAAACUGGAGAGGGACUAUGGCCGGAAUGUUCCAGCUCCUCACGCCGGCAGGACCGGAAUGGAGAUUUCAACGGCUCAUUGGCCCCGCCGCGGGGCUGCUGGAACAUUCCAGCCUUUGAGUCAGGUCAAAUUAUCAUAGAACACUUUUUUUUCCUCAAAAUCAUUCUCUUCUGCCUCACUUCCCCAACGGUUGCAUUCCUCAGGUCUUUCUCUUUACGCUGCUCCAAGUUAUUUUCAGGUUUGUUUCUUUCUUCUGUAUUUCAUCUCUGCCACUGAACAACUCUUGAGAAAUACAAGCUGGCCAGCAGCUCCCAGGCCUCUGCCAUUGACUCAAAGCAGGACAGCAAGUGAUGCAAUGGAGAAUGAGCUUAAUCCUUUCUCUUCUCUCCCUAGCCCCCAUUAUUUCUGAUUCUUCCCUUCAAAGAUUUCUUCAGUUCAUUUUUAUAACCGAAAUUAUCAAUUUUUGAAACGUGUGCCUUAUGCAUACUUGCUAGGAUUUUGGGAGGAAGGAGAAAUCAGCCGCUGGAGCUGAUUUUCUUUUCUUGGGUCUUAAGGGACCCAAAAGGAAUUUUUGGAGUCACUUGGCAUGCUGGGCAUAUUACAUGGUGUAAAAUGGUUUUAAAUCAGGAUCGGGUUUGCUGCAGUUGGAACUGGUGAUCAAAAUCUAAACCUUCGGUGAGUGUCUUUGCUCAGCAUCUAGACACUUGCCCAGAGCAUGAGGGAUGUUUGGGACUGGGCUACAGUUAUGGAGGAAUAGGUUUUAAAUUGAGUUUUUAAACGUCAUCUAGUUAAUGGUUUUGCAUCAAGUUUUGAGAUUUUCUACAGAAUCCUGAAUGAGAAUUUGGAUGGGCCAAUAGAGGAAAAUACUGGGUACCUUGAGCUGCUCCCAUUGUUGCACAGCCUAGGAAGACUCCAUUCCCAAGUAAACCAUGAACAUUUUCAUUUGCAUCUAAUAAAAUGGGCACCCAACUCUCUUUUUGCCCCAUAGUGCAAUCUAUCUCAUACCCUAAUUCAAAAUGUCCAUCAAAUAAUUCAUUGAUUAUUUUCUUCAAAAAAAGAGAAUUCUGCUAAACUGCCAAUAAUUCGAAAUGUUAAAAAGAGCCUGCCUGGCCAUAUAUAUGCUUUUGUUAUGCCAUUUCAUGUGUCAGGUUUAUUGUUAGGGACUGCCUGAGAGCAGAUACUUUGAGGAACUUUCCCCUCCUUGAGAUCCAGUCAAAUGAUGUAGUAAAUCGCAUCAAUAGAUAUGGUUACAUUUGCCAGUUGUGAUGGAAAGUUGACAAGCCAUAAUGCUGUCUCAGGGAGGUUUACACAAAAUGCCUGUUCUUGGGUUGCUUCUAACUAGCAUAAAAUGGGAUAAUUAAAGGUGGUCAAGACCUCUUAUGUAAGCCUAAAUGUUAUAAACUUUGAAAUGAGACUAUUCAGCCUAUCAUUCUGGCUGCUUCCACAGUAGAGGGUAGACCACCUCGAUGAUGGACACCUCCUAAGACAUUUACUAGCUCCUAUACGGAUCAAACAGAUCAAUGACGAAAGAACUUGCAUUUAUAUAGCACCUUCCACAAUCUCCAGGUACCUCAAAAUGCUUAACAGGCUUGUUUUGAAAGUGUGAUCAUUGCGGUAAUAUGUACUAUAGUCUUCAAUCCUCUUUCCAGGACAUAACGGAGCAACCUAACAUUUUGUUUGAAUAUUCUUAAAUAUCAGCGAAACACUAAAGGCAUUUGAAUGACUUGAUAAUGCGAUACUGUGUUACUAAGCAUUUGUGAUAUGAUGAGGUUGUAAAAGCUUUCAUACCAGGCUUCCAAUAGAUAAGAGUAUUAGAUAAUAACUUGUGAAAUAUGGAGCUUAUUGCAAAUGAGGGACCAAAUAAAAAGGGUGUUACCCAAGUUUUUGUUGUAGGAUAAAUUUACUUUUUACCGCUGAACAUAAUUUCACAUGUUGCACACCUGGUAUUAAAUGUGACAGAAGAAAAAGGUGUUUCUUUUAUUUAAUAUCUGAACCAUUUUAAGCGCACAACAUAUUUUAAAUGUUUUAUUAGUUUGAGAGGCCUAUUUUCACCUUGGAGCAAACUGAUUCCAUCUUGAAAAUCUUGCAUAUUAAUAUAAAUGCAGUACGUUAAGCUCUGAGCACACUGCAAAGGUGUAGAUAAAAGGAAGAAUCCUUCACAUGGCCGAAGGUAUUUAUAGUUAAUACUGAUAGUCAAUAAUGAAGCUGUAUUGACUGGAAUGAUUAGCAUUUUACAAUACCACAUACUUCAAAUGGCCAGCUUCAUACCCUUUGGACCCCUUCUGUUGUAGAUAUUUUAAGAGAAUUGUAGGAUGUGUUUUUGUAUUUCAAAAUUGUUAAGUUGAAAAGUAAAUUUCAGUCUUACUCUUUUAUUCUGCAUAAGAAAGCCCCUUAAAAUGCUGCUGCAUUUGAGCAGGAAUGCUUAUAGGAAAAUUAUUUUAACAAGGAAACUUAUUCUAGGAUCAACACCAGUAAUAUCGAAGUGUUGUACCUUGCUAUGAACCACUUUCUGCCUCAUACAAAUGUAAGGCUAUAAACACAAUGUAUAACUUAUUACUUAUAUAAAGUGGAAUAAAACAGCUCGUGGCACGUGUUGCCUAA